AAGAAUGCAAUCCACUCUUUUUCCUCCAAAAUUCUAACCAUUCUCCACCUCUUGUCGAAACCCUAAACCUCGAUCACCUCACCGAGCUAGCUAUUAAUCCCUCUCCAAAUACACUCUCAAAUGAGCCGUUAUUUCAAUUUACUGGAUUUUCAUCUCAAAGAAGCUGGUGUGAGUUUGAGCGAAGGACUGGCUCACAAUGAAGAAAGCACCCACAAAAUAUGUAAGCGUAUCCACCGAGCCCCGUUGAAGAACCCGAAAUGUGAGGCCUGUAGUAUUGAUGUAAACGGAGAUGGAAGUUUUGGGUAUAAGAAGAUAGCGAGAAUGUACGCUGCAGUCCACAAACCCGGGAAGCUGUCCCGGCCGCAAGAUGCACUUGUUAUCAAGCUUCCAGAUGGUAUUGUCCGUGGCAUGAAUCCAAAAGCUGAAGAUAUGGGUAGUGCAGUUGCGGCAUGUCACUGGGGUAUGUCCUCGGGCUUAAGUCAGCUGGGAUCUGAGGUCAACUUCUGUUUUCUAGACAGCCUCAACGGCCCAAACGAUGAUACCAAACGCUAUGGCAACGGCGACGGCAGAGAAGAUGGCGGGCAAAUCAAUCUGAAUUUUGGCCCAUCUGCGACAGCACGAUUGAUGGAUUUUGUGCCAGCAAUUAAGUUGGAGAACAAUUUGGCGUUCAUUGACGCUGUGUGUCAUUACCUUGCGCAACACGCAAGUGCUGAUAAGCAAGAAGAGUACCUGAAGAUCAUAAACGGUAAAAAGUCUGAGGAGGUAGACAAUUUCGAUUCCGUUCAGAUCUGGAAUAUGUUGACACUAGAACACAAGAUUAUUAAGGCACUGGAAGAUAAUGGACUCCUCAUAACCCCAAUGCGCUUUCAUUCACCACCACCACUUCUUCCCAGUCCACCCCCAGGCUGGACGGCGGACCAAGCUAGCCGCUCUGCAAGCAAACCACGACCCUGUUGCUUCCCUAGUAUCGAGACUGUCAACGAGAGCGUGUCUGAGAAUCGCAUCGUACCUGAGAGUGAGGAUCACAGCGGCCUCUGGAAGCGCAAGGCACUCGCCAUUUUAGGUGUUCCUUCUGAGCAGAAGAAGUCCCGAAACGCUAGAGGACUUCAUAUAGAUGAUGACGCGACAGCACAGAACCCAAACAAGCCGGCAAUGAAAGGAAAGGAGCUGGUAUCUUCUGCAUCAGCCUGAAAAUUAUCUGAAUCAUAACUCCAAUGAUCGAUAUUUAGGGCUCCAUCCGCCUCGGCACCAUGGCUUUGGUCUGUCUUUUACUUUUUUUAUAUAGUUUAUUAUGCGCUGCAAGGCUGUGCUUUUCUUGCGGCUUUGGUUGUCGAAGUGUUUGAAAACUGCAAGUUUUAAUAAGUAAUGUAUAAUAAAAGAAAUAAACGUGUGUAAUGUCGGCAGCAUGCAAGCAUUUCUUUACAUCAAUUAAUUUCUCGAGUUCGCAGUCGCUUAGUAAGGUCCGAUAUAAAGCAUGUAUGUGCUAGCUCUUUGUAUUUUGGUCACUUAUAUAUUAUCGAAUGGUUGUGA